UCCUUCGAAUUGACUAGUUAGGGUUCGUCGCGUGCUCAAUCCGACUCGUAGGCGUAUGCGGAGCAGCGGCGGAUCAUGAGGACACAAACGCAGUAUAAAUGAGUCAGUGACGCGGGAAAGGAGAGAGCAGCCCUCCCAGGAGCUUAAUUUUCCUUUUCCUUCUCCUUUUGAUCGACCGCGGUCUCCCACUCUGGGCUGGUACCCUUCGACAUUGUCAUUGCCAUGGGAAUCAAGGGUUUGACGAAACUCCUCGCGGAUAACGCCCCCAAGGCCAUGAAGGAGCAGAAGUUUGAGAGCUAUUUCGGCCGGAAGAUCGCGAUUGAUGCCAGCAUGAGCAUCUACCAAUUCCUCAUUGUCGUGGGAAGAACGGGUAUGGAAACCCUCACCAACGAGGCUGGCGAAGUCACAAGUCACUUGCAAGGGAUGUUCAAUCGAACUAUUAGAUUAUUGGAGUCGGGAAUAAAGCCAGUAUAUGUAUUUGAUGGUCAGCCACCAGAAUUGAAGAAACAAGAACUUGCCAAGAGAUACUCAAAGAGGGAAGAUGCAACCAAGGAUCUGAACACAGCAAUAGAGACUGGUGACACAGAGGGGAUUGAAAAGUAUAGCAAAAGGACAGUGAAGGUAACUAGACAACAUAAUGACGAUUGCAAACGUCUCUUAAGACUUAUGGGUGUGCCUAUCAUUGAGGCACCUUGUGAAGCAGAAGCUCAAUGUGCAACUCUUUGCAAAAGUGACAAGGUAUAUGCUGUUGCAUCUGAAGACAUGGAUUCUUUAACUUUUGGAGCACCGAAAUUUCUUCGCCACUUAAUGGAUCCCAGCUCCAAAAAAAUCCCUGUUAUGGAAUUUGAAGUUUCAAAGGUUCUUGAAGAGCUAGAACUCAGCAUGGAUCAAUUCAUUGAUUUGUGCAUUCUCUCUGGAUGUGACUACUGUGAUAGCAUAAAAGGUAUUGGAGGUCAAACAGCUUUGAAGCUUAUUCGGCAGCAUGGUUGCAUAGAGAAUAUCUUGGAGAACAUAAACAAAGAAAGGUACCAAAUACCUGAGGACUGGCCAUAUCAAGAAGCUCGUCACCUGUUCAAAGAACCUAAUGUGAUUAUGGAUGUACCAGAGCUGAAGUGGACUGCUCCAGAUGAGGAGGGUCUUGUGAACUUUCUGGUGACUGAGAAUGGUUUCAACAAUGAUCGAGUUACAAAGGCAUUAGACAAGAUUAAAGCAGCCAAGAAUAAAUCUUCUCAAGGACGGCUGGAGUCGUUCUUUAAGCCUGUUGUAAGUGCAUCUACACCACCUAAAAGAAAGGAUUUGGAAAAAGUGGCCAAAGAAACUUCGACGAACAAGAAGUCUAAAACCGUGGGUGCAAGAAAGAAGAAAUAAUUGGAAAAUUCAGUCUGUGCUUAAACAUAGCAUCUUGUUGACUGAGCGGACGAGAACCAUUUUGUUGGUUCGUAUUUUGCCGAUCCUAUCUGCACUACGGUUUGGGCUUUUAUGAUACGACUCGGCCGAACCUGUUUACUAGUAGUUCUUAAUGGUAGAUGUAGUUAUGUUAAUUUAUUAAAUGUGUUUCAUGGUUUAUUUGUGCUUA